GAAACUCUGGUGUAAUGUAAUUUUUAAUGUUUUUUACUAUGUAUAUCAUUAUGGUAUGUUUAAUGCUAAAUUUAAAACAAGUUUGAUAUAAUCUGUAAUCAGUAACAGACUGCAAUUUGUUAGUAAUCUACAACACCUAACACUGCCUAACACUCACCUAAAAUGUGACUUGUAGUAAUCAAGGAUGCUUUUUAAGGCUGUUGUUCUUCUUCUCUGGUACUUUUAUUCUUUGAGUGUUUGUCUGAGACUGACAUCUAGUAGAUAUUUCAUGCUUUACAGACUCAAAGACACGCCUAUUUUACACACGUGACACAAACACAGAGCCAGGAAACAGGAAUCACAUGAUUUCAAGAGAAUAGAAACUGAAGCGUAUCUGAGCUGUCUCUGUAUUCAUGCAGUAAAAUGGCAGAAGCCAGAUUUUCUCAAGAUGAGCUUUCGUGUCCAGUGUGUCUGGAUCUCCUGAAGGAUCCAGUGACCAUCCAGUGUGGACACAGUUACUGUAAGAGCUGUAUUACAGACUGCUGGGAUCAGGAGGAUCAGACGAGAGUCUACAGCUGUCCUCAGUGCAGACAGACCUUCAGUCCAAGACCUGCUUUAGCUAGAAACACCAUGCUGGCUGAACUGGUGGAGAAACUGAAGAAGACCAGACUCUCUGCUGACUGUUACGCUGGAGCUGGAGAUGUGCAGUGUGACGUCUGUACUGGAAGAAAAUACAAAGCCGUCAAGUCCUGUCUGGUGUGUCUGAACUCUUACUGUCUGAAUCACCUCGAGCAACAUGAGAGUUUGUUUAAAGGAAAGAGACACAGUUUGACUGAAGCCACUGGACGACUGCAGGAGAUGAUCUGCCAGAAACAUGAGAAGCUUCUUGAGGUUUUCUGUCGCACUGAUCAGAAAUGUAUAUGUAUGCUGUGUAUGAUAGAUGGACAUAAAAACCAUGACACUGUAUCCGCUGCAGCACUGAGGACAGAGAAUCAGAAGCAGCUGAAGGAGACACAGAAGACGCUCCAGCAGAGAAUCCAGCAGAGAGAGAAAGAUCUCCAGCAGCUGAGAGAGACUGUGGAGUCUCAUAAGCGCUCUGCACAGACAGCAGUGGAGGACAGUGAGAAGAUCUUUACUGAGCUCAUCCGCUCCAUUGAGAGAAGCCGCUCUGAGCUGAUACGACUGAUCAGAGAUCAGGAAAAGACUGCAGUGAGUCGAGCUGAAGAACAACUGGAGCGACUGGAGCAGGAGAUCAAUGAUCUGAGGAGGAGAGACGCUGAGCUGGAGCAGCUUUCACACACACAGGAUCACAUCCAGUUCCUGCAGCGUUUCCAGUCUCUCUCAGCACCUCCUGAAUCUACAGACAUAAGUGAUGAUCUCUUCAGUUCUCUCAUCUCUUUUAAUGACCUGAGAGAAUCUGUCCAUCAGCUGAGAGACAAACUGAAGGAUUUCUGCAGAGAGGAGCUCAAGGAGAUCUCAGACAGAAUCGCAUUCACCAACAUUGAUCUCUGGACCAGGAAGGACUUCCUGAAAUAUUCCCAUCAGCUCACUCUGGAUCUGAACACAGUGAAUAAACACCUCCAUCUGUCUUCGAGGAAGAUAACCAUUACAAACACUGACACAGUCCAGAUGUAUCCUAAUCAUCCAGACAGAUUUGAUGUGUGUCGUCAGGUGUUGUGUAUAGAGAGUGUGUGUGGACGCUGUUACUGGGAGCUGGAGUGGAGAGGAGGUGAACGCGGUGUGCGAAUAUCAGUGGCGUAUAAGAGCAUCAGCAGGAAGGGACGGGGUGUUGAGUGUUUGUUUGGAUCUAGUGAUCACUCCUGGUGUUUGUUCUGCUCUCCGUACAGAUAUUCAUUCAUUCACAAUAACAAACAGAUUGAUCUCCCUGUAAAGCCCAUCAGCAGUAGAAUAGGAGUGUUUGUGGAUCACAGUGCAGGAAUUCUGUCCUUCUUCAGCGUCUCUGACACAAUGAGCCUCAUCCACACAGUCCAGACCACAUUCACUCAGCCGCUCUAUCCUGGGUUUCAUGUUGGUUCUGGAUCAUCAGUGAUAUUGCGUUGAUGAAUCAGAAUAGACUGACGAGGGUUUCUAAUGUAAUAAAAGUCUUUACUGCUAUUUUUAUUACUCAAAAUAUCAGAUUACUCAGAAAUAAUCAGUAUUACAUGAUUACCGUUAUCAUUAGUUAUGGCUCUAUAUUAGCUAAAUGUUUUUAAGAUACAACUACAUUGUUUUGCUUUUUGCGAUUAAAAGACAAAUAUUUUUUCAUUGAACAUUUCUUUAAAAUAGUAUUAAAGACCGUCUUGUUCUAGUAAACUAAGUAUCUGUAUUUUGUCUUGUCACGUGAGCUGAGUGUAGUAAGUGUAUAAGUGUCUACAAGUGCGAUAUAGCUCAAAACUUUCCAAGUUUGUGAUAAAGCUUUUACUCUACAAGUCAGUCAUAUAUUCAUAAACUUUGAAUAAGGAAAGCGAUAUCUUUGUCAUAGUACUCUGUCAUGUUGCCACAUCCGUUGCAUGCUUUGUAUGUGCUGCAUUAGACAGUAAAAUAAAACAUCACCAGGCCGUUGGCGCCCUCUGCUGGUAUUUGUUACAAUACAUAAUAUUUUGUAUAAUCAUAUUACUUCUUUUUUUUAUUGUUGCUCAGUAAAACCAUGUGAUUACUAGGUUUUGAUACUUUAUUUGAACCAGUUAUUAUUGUCUCAUUAUGAUUUUAACAUAUAUAUAUAAAUGUAGUCAAUAUAAAGCAUGUUUUUCGCUUAGGUCUAUUUAAUUACUAAACAAUAUCAGAUUACUCAAUGUUCAAACUAAUCAGUAUUACUUGAUUACCAAGAUUAUCAUUAGUUACAGCUCUAUAUUAGUUAAAUGUUUUAAAAUACAACUACAUUGUUUUGCUUUUUGCGAUUAAAUGGCAAAUAUUUUGUCAUUGAACAUUUCUUAAAAAUAGUAUUAAAAUACCGUCUUGUUCUAGUAAACCAAGUAUCUGUAUUUUGUCUCAUUUCGUGAGCUAAGUGUAUUAAGUGUCUACGAGCGCGAUAUAGCUCGAUAUCUUGACGAUAUCUUUGUCAUAGUAUUCUUUCAUGUUGCCACAUCCGUUGCAUGCUUUGUAUGUGCUGCAUUACACAGUAAAAUAAAACAUCACUAGGACGUUGGCGCCCUCUGCUGGUAUUUGUUUGAAUAAGGAAAGCGAUAUCUUUGUCAUAGUAUUCUUUCAUGUUGCCACAGCCAUGGUACUCAAAUGGUAUAAGGCAAUAUAUGUGAAAAACUGUGUUUUCAUCAUAACAAGUGACCUUCAGUAAUUGUUGAUUUUGGAAAAAAUGUCAAGCCUGUAAGGUUUUGACCAUGUAAUUUCAUUGUUGUUUUAAUGUUUAUUAAUGUUUUCAGUUCUACUUGCCGAUCUUGUCUAUGUACCUUAGUGUUGUGCUUUAUCUACCCUGUGGUUUUUGGAUUAAAGGCUUUUUAAACUUU